UCACGCCUAUAUAUACACACCCUUUGUAUCUAUCUCCAUCCACACCACUACCAAUACCAACACAACCAUGGCUUCAUUUUCCUUCAUCACCUUCAUCUCUCUUCUGCUCCUCCCUCUGUCCCACGCCACACUGACCCUCACAGUCGUAAACAACUGCCCAUUCCCAGUCUGGCCCGCCAUCCAACCCAAUGCUGGCCACCCCGUCCUCGAACGCGGCGGAUUUGCUCUCAACCCUCGCACUCACCGCUCCUUCCUAGCCCCAGCCACCCACUGGUCCGGUCGUAUCUGGGGCCGUACAGGUUGCACCAACCACAACGGUCGCUUCACCUGCGCCACCGGCGACUGUGGUGCCAAACUCGAGUGCAACGGUCUCGGCGGCGCCGCACCCGCCACCCUAGCCCAGUUCAGCCUCCACCACAGCCACACCGACCAGUCUUCUUACGCCGUCAGUCUCGUUGACGGGUUCAAUGUCCCGAUGACGGUAACGCCGCACGAGGGUAAAGGAGUGUGUCCGGUGGUCGGUUGCAAGGCGGAUCUGUUAGCUACGUGUCCGUGGUCGUUGCAGAAACACGCCGAUGGGAAAGUGGUGGCGUGUAAGAGUGGCUGUGAGGCGUUCAAUACCGACGAGUUUUGUUGCAGAGGUCAUUUCAACAACGCGCAGACGUGUAAAGCGUCGAAGUGGUCGGAUUUCUUUAAGCACGCGUGUCCGGCCACGUUUGCGUACGCGCAUGAUAGCCCGUCGCUAACGCAUGAGUGUUCGUCGCCACGUGAGCUUAAAGUUAUAUUCUGUCACUAAUAAGUACUAGUUUUUAGUGACGAAAAGUUUAGGGUUUUCGGAAUAAAAAGUUGUUUAGUUUCAUGUUGUAGUCGUCUGUGUUAUGUAUCUGGAAAUGUAAUAUUUUAUGUUAUAUUAAAUCUUAUUUGGUAGUCA